AUGGCGAAAAGAACCCAACCUGAUUUGUCGGACUCCAGCGACAAGGCGCCGGCACCCAAGCAACAGUGCCUGCAAUUCGAGAUCCCAGAAUCGAUAUCUCAGUGGAAAAAGCAGGCCGAGAGCCUCAGAGUACAGAACACGUCAAUAAAUCAGAUGGAGACCCUCCAAUCUGGUUCCCGUGUCGUCAACGAGCAGCACCUAUCCUUCCGGGUAGUCUGGCCGACAUGCAAAUCGAUCAAGAAGAUUCAGAUCCCUAACCAAGCGAAGGCCAGGGAGAUUCUUAAAAAGAUGGCCGGAUUUAAAAACUUUCUUGACCAUAUUGCUGACAGAAAUGAUGACUCCCCGCGACAUACUCUAGGCACUUUCCAGCUCGUACGCGAAGCCCAAAUUCAGGCAGGUAACUGGAUGCCACCACAACCCAAGGAAGCCCAGGGCCAGAGCCAGAUCUUUAUGUCGCAGCCGACUCCCACAGGUACACGACAACGAUCGAUGUCUGCGGCCUCGCAUCCCAGCGCAGUGGCGGCUUCUAUAGCCUCUCUAGAAAGCCUAGGGUCGAACAACGAUUAUCACAACCAGUUAUGGGAGCGAACAAACGACGGGCAAAUAGUGAAUGAGGCACUACUACUAUUCCUUCGUGCCUUCACAAUCAACACACUAGGUAGCCGUUGUAGUUGGAGCAGCGAACGGCUUGCCUUUAAGAUCAAAUACCACCGCGCCGAAAUGGAGUCUCGCAGGGACGGCUAUUUAGGGCUAUGCGGACAUGACAAGAACAAGGAAGCAUUCGUUAUCCUCGAAGCUAAAGGCCAGGGUCGGACUCGGAAGGGGGCUGGUAUGUCGGUCUAUAAACAGGAAUCUGCCGAGAUGGUCAAUUGGAUCAUGCACGACGAGAAGACACCACGCCAAGUACCGUUGGGCAAGAGGUCAGAAAGUCCUGGACCCGUGCUAAAACAGUUCGACUUACGUUCUCUCUUGGCCUUCCGGGGGGGGGUACUCUUUUAUUCUACGCGUGGUACUGUUUACAUGCCCAGGGAAGGGCCAUGUCCGUCGUCUCCUAAAUGUACAAAGUCCGAGUUCUAA